AUGGCUAACUUUCAAGUUUUGCGGCUUCUGGCAAGAGCACGGCUCGGUGUCCGCGAUUCUGGUGGCCUUGAGCUGGUGCUAUCGACGGAUGAGUUGCGCGGCUUCUUUGCAUCGCAAGCGUCUAGUUCGGCGACGACACAGUCUGCGGCUUUGCAACAGGGCCAACGAUCCGUCCAGGGUUUGCUUGCAAGCGCUGAGGAGGAAGGCGCAGAGUUUAUCCGAUACACUGCAAGCGGCAUGGUUUAUUCUUUGCAAAUAGUUUUGCUGCUUGUUGAUGGCAUAGUGCAGACCGUUGGGAACGAGCCAUCGCAACGGAAUGUCAGCGGCGUGUGUCUACGGGGGACACUCCUAUGCCUUUGA